CUUCGCAUCCCUGUAGAUACGCGGCGAAUUUUACGCACUAGCCGGCUGGUUUGGAGAAAAAAUACCUUGUCAGUUCUGAAAAAAAACAUCUCAGUUCUUACAGCAAAAUCUUAAAACAGCGUAAAUUGUGACAAUUAACCAUUAAUAGAGGUGUUUAAGGGAGGGAGUUGCCGUCAAGGAUAUUUUGCUUUCCUAGCGCAAAAAAAAGCAUACAAGUCAAGAGGACUUGUUGCAUUUCGGGUUUUCAUUUGGCCCUUUGACAUCUGUUUCUCCCCCUAGUGUGAUCCAGGCCUGGGCAUGGACGAGCGCACCGCCACUAUGGACCCCAGCAGUUGGAGCGGCAGCGAGAGCCCCGCAGACGACAUGGAGAGGAUGAGCGACGGGGCCGAGAAGGGCAUGGACGGGGACCCCGAAGGGGUGUGGAGCCCCGACAUCGACCAGAGCUUCCAGGAGGCGCUGGCUAUCUACCCGCCCUGUGGGCGGAGGAAGAUCAUCCUCUCAGACGAGGGCAAGAUGUACGGUCGCAAUGAGUUGAUAGCGAGAUACAUCAAACUAAGAACGGGAAAGACAAGGACAAGAAAGCAGGUCUCCAGUCACAUUCAGGUUCUUGCCAGACGGAAAUCUCGGGAGUUUCACACCAAGCUAAAGGUCACAUGUAUGGACCAGAGUGUGAAAGACAAGGCACUGCAGAGUAUGGCCUCCAUGUCCUCGGCUCAGAUCGUCUCUGCCACCGCCAUCCACAACAAGCUUGGCCUCCCAGGCUUCCCAAGACCCACCUUCCCUGGUGCGGCAGGGUUUUGGCAGGGUAUGAUAUCCACUGGCCAGCCUGGAUCCUCACAAGACGUUAAGCCAUUUGCCCAGCAGGCCUACCCCAUCCAGACAGCUGUAACGACCACCAUCUCAGCGUACGAGCCUCCCACAGCCCCCGCGCCUACAGCUCCAGCCUGGCAGGGCCGCUCCAUCGGGACCACCAAACUCAGACUGGUGGAGUUCUCGGCUUUCCUGGAGCAGCAGAGAGACCCUGACUCUUACAACAAGCACCUGUUUGCCCACAUCGGACAGACUAACUACUCGUACAGCGAUGCCCUACUGGAGGCUGUCGACAUCCGUCAGAUCUACGAUAAGUUCCCAGAGAAGAAGGGAGGACUGAAGGAGCUCUUUGGAAAGGGCCCUCACAACUCCUUUUUCCUGGUCAAGUUCUGGGCUGAUCUGAACUGUAACAUCCAGGAUGACUCUGGGGCCUUCUACGGUGUGACCAGCCAGUAUGAGAGCUCUGAGAACAUGACCAUCACCUGCUCCACCAAGGUGUGCUCCUUCGGCAAGCAGGUGGUUGAGAAGGUGGAGACGGAAUAUGCUCGCUUCGAGAACGGACGCUUUGUCUACAGGAUAAGCCGCUCCCCCAUGUGUGAAUACAUGAUCAACUUUAUCCACAAACUCAAACACCUGCCUGAGAAAUACAUGAUGAACAGUGUCCUGGAGAACUUCACCAUCCUAUUGGUGGUGACCAACAGAGAGACACAGGAGACGCUGCUGUGCAUGGCGUGUGUGUUUGAGGUGUCGAACAGCGACCACGGAGCUCAACAUCACAUCUACCGGCUAGUCAAGGAAUAAGAGACUGAGGCCUAGAUUUCAAUCAGAUCGAACGUUAACCGACAUCCGCAUAGCAGAUGUUUUGGCGGUGUUGGAGGUGUAACUGCGGUAUGAGCUGAAAUAUCGGUGAGCGGCUGCUCUUGUGUGGCAGCAACCCUCCCUUCCUUAAUAUCCCUACCGCGUUAGGAGUUCAAGGAAGUGUAGACUAUCGAUGUUAGAAGUCAUGACUUUCAAAUGUCAAACCGUUGAUGUUAGGCUAAUCGCAUGUUUUCAUGUUCAUUUGGAUGGGGGGGAUUUAUAGCUUAUCAGUCUAAUUCGAGUGUUUGAACUUGUAACGUUGCUGAAUGAACUUCCAACACGGCUGUAUGGGAUUUGUCAGAUUAUAGUCGGGUGUGAUUUCGUUUCAUCCAAUGGCGGUGUCCGCAAUAAAAUAACGCAACGAGCCGCUUGUGGAUUGGACAGCUCUCUGCAGUUCCACCUCCUGACACCGCCAAAACAACCGCUAUGUGGAUGUCAAUCUGAUUGAAUCUAGCCCUGACACUCAGUGUGAACAUGCUUCAUUCAGAACUGGGACAAACUAUCACUUAGAUCUCGCUAACCUGAAGGACAUGUAGCUUAUGAAGGAUGGAAGGAAGACAUUGAAGGACAGAGCCUGAGUAUUGUCAGGGUUGUGGGGGAGGACACAAGGCAACCCCCCAGUGAAACACGCCUUCAGAAUGACUUACUUGACAACCGUAUGGAAAGUGGCUGUGCCUCUACACAAAUCCCACCCACAAUGUCCUUUGGUUACAUUGUGGGUGAAGUCUAUCACGGAUAAUAUUAUCAUUAUAUUUUUGUCUUUUUAAUGUAUAUUUGUAUGAGUGCAGCUGUCAAUCUGUGGUAUAGUUGUGUCAUGUGCCAUUUUUCCAGACUAGUUCAGGUCUGUAGUGUAGAAAGUGUACAUAUGAAGGGGCAUUGCGUAACAUAGGGAGAUGUUCUGUGGAUUACAUUUGGAAACUACUAUCAGUUUCCAGCUUUUUAUACUGUAGUCAUCACCAAUGUCAACCAAUUACAGAUCAUAAUAGCCUUUCUUAAUUAGAUAAAUAGAAAAACUAUACAAACAGUUACUACAUACACUAUAUAUACAAACGUACGUGGACACCCCAUGAAAUUAGUGGUAGGCCACACAAGCUCACAGAACUGGACCGCCGAGUGCUGAAGCACGUAGCUCGUAACAAUUGUCUGUCCUCGGUUGCAACACUCAUUACCGAGUUCCAAACUGCCUCUGGAAGCAAUGUCAGCACAAUAACUGUUCAUAGGGAGCUUCAUGAAAUGGGUUUCCAUGGCCGAGCAGCCGCACACAAGCCUAAGAUCACCAUGUGCAAUGUCUAGCGUAAGCUGGAGCUGAAUUAUGAUUAUUAUUAUUAUAUUAUUAUGAUGAAUUAUGCUUCACCUUCUGGCAGUCCAACGGAUGAAUCUGGGUUUGGCGGUUGCCAGGAGAACGAUACCUGCCCCAAUGUAUAGUGCCAACUGUAAAGUUUGGUCGGUGGAGGUGGAAUAGUGAUCUGGACUGUUAUUCCUGGUUUGGGCUAGGCCCCUUAGUUCCAGUGAAGGAAAAUAUUAAUGCUGCAGCAUGCAAUGACAUUCUAGAGUUCUAGACGAUUCUGUGCUUCCAACUUUGUGGCAACAGUUUGGGAAUGCCCUUUUCCUGUUUCAGCUUGACAAUGCCCCCGUUCAUAAAGCGAGGUCCAUACAGAAUUUUUUUGUUGAGAUUGGUGUGGAAAAACUUGACUGGCCUGCAAAGAGCCUUGACCUAAACCCCAUCGAACACCUUUAGGAUGAAUUGGAACACCUACUGAGAGCCAGGUCUAAUCUCCCAACAUCAGUGCCCGACCUCACUAAUGCCCUUGUGGCUGAAUGGAAGAAAGUCCCUGUAACAAUGUUCCAACAUCUAGUGGAAAGCCUUCCCAGAAGAGUGGAGCAAAGAGGGGGCCAACUCCAUAUUAAUGCCCGUGAUUUUGGAAUGAGAUGUUCAAAGAGCAGGUGUCCACAUACUUUUGGUCAUGUAGUGUACAUGUAGCUUUGUGAACAUCACUAUCACACAAACAUUUUCCAAAGAAAAAAUAUGUAGGUUUUACAUUUUGUACAUUUUGGAUAACAACGCAAAUACUAAACUAUAAUGAAGACCAGUAAUAGUUAUAAUUCCAGGGACACUUUGAAACUAUAAAUAAAAUAUAUGAUGAUUCAGGUACCACUUUGCAGCACAGCUCUCUCAUAUCUGCAUCAUAUCUCCUGUGCCCAACUAAAAAUAAACCUGUAUUGUUAGGUAUUACUGCACUGUUGGAGCUAGGAACAUAAGCAUUUCGCUACACCCCCGAUAACAUCUGCAAGAUAUGUGUACGCGACCAAUAAAACGUGAUUUUAUUCGAAGAGGAAAAGCACUGUGAGAACACAGCAAGACAAUGUGUACAGAUCAGAGAUUCCUCCUAUGUACUCUGUUCUCUGAGCUGCUAAGGUUUUAGCCUGUAUCACAAUGAAGCAAAGAAAUCAUAGAAUACACAUAUUGAACAUUCAAAAUGGACACUCUACUACCGUCGUCACCCAUCCCAAAGCACUUAGUUCCUCUGUAUGGUUAUUGCAGGGUGGAGUCAACUUGUUCAAUGAACCUGCUCUUUUUAGUGACUGAGGAACAACAGAAGUCAAAAACACUCCCAUAUAUGAAUCUGUGUUUCCCUGGUUCUGAAUGCUAUUCAGCCUUAUCUUGCUUGUCAAUCGGUGACCUACGCUAUUGGGCACAUUAACCGUGGUGGUAGGGAAUGGGAUCCUUACAGAUAAUGUCCAUCUCCACCACUCAAGCUGUGAGAUCUUUCCUGAGCUGGAGGACAGCCUUGUAAUCUCCAUACAUCCCAGUGUUAUGUGUACAGUGCCUUAGUGAGUAACUUUCCACCAAUGGCCCAAUGGUUUGCUUGGAUCGAAAAAUACAUAACAUUUUGUGACGCGUCAUGUCGGCCAUUAUAAAUACACGGUUAACUAUUAGUGGUUCUACAUGUGCACCUAUUUCACCAUGUUGUACAAAAUAACUGGUAAAUCAUACGUAGAUUAUUACAAUGAACAACAUCCGUGUGUAAUAGCAGUAAUAACUUUGCCUUGCCUUUCAAAAACCAAAAAAACUGGAGACAUUUCAGACGUGCAAUUGUCCCUUGCACUGUAGCAUAAAGUGCCUUUGGUCAUGACUUUCCAGUGAAGAAAAGGUUUAAAAGAAGCUAAACCAAAAAGCCUAAGAAAAUGUUGGAAGAGAUCACCAGAAUGCCUUUUCCAAUGCAUGUCCCUGUAGAACUGUAUUCAUUACCACAACAAUUUGACUAUUGCUGGGCGGCAGGUAGCCCCGCUGUUAGAGCAUUGGACCAGUAACUGGAAGGUCGCUAGUUAAAAUCCCUGAGCUGACAAGGUGAAAAAAAUCUGUCAAUUAACCCUACUUGCUCCAGGGUCGCCGUUGAUAAUGGCAGCCCCAUGGCCGUGACCCCGCUCUCCGAGGGUGCCUCGGGGAGUUGGGAUAAUGAACAAAACAAAAACAACAACACAUUUCCAAUUCACACGUGCGUAUGAUCCACACUUUACAGUUUAGUCAUUUAGCAGACGCUCUCAUCCAGAGAUUGAGUUCAUUUUAAGAUAGCUAGGUGGGACAACCACAUUUCUCAGUCAUAGUAAGUACAUUCUUCCUCAAUAAGGGAGUCAAGUGCGAGUGUUUGUGUACUUGUACGUGUCAAACAGGACAUAUAUAAGAACCCACCCAAUUAUGAUUAUUAUUUGGGAAACGAUUGUUCCCUUAGAUGCAUGUUCAGUUCACAGUGAAUCUCCCUGUGGAGGUUUAUAGCAUCAUUGUCACAGUAGAUCAAUUGUGUUAUCAUGAUAUCGUAUGCACACUAACUUAUUAAAGUCCAGAAAACAUAAUGCAGUAUAGUUGUAUGUAUGUUACACUGUGGGUAAAGACAAUGGAUCAGGGUUUAUGUCAUGUUUGGAAGACCUUUGACCUGUUUUCUAACUUAGUAAUAAUUGUUACUAGAUCCUGGGGUGUCCACCAUCACAGUAGUUUCUGUUUGAAUGUGCUGUAUGUAGGCUAUACUUUACAAUGCUUUUGUGAUGACUCCAGUUUAACCAGAGACAAGCCUGUUGGUUUCACUGCUGGGCUCUGUGUCUCUGUUCUGUCAACCUGGAAUAUAGAUUUCACACUUUAAGUCUUUUGAAAGUCUUAUUUUAAACGGGCACAAGGAGAUUUUUGAGAUCAGCAGCAAAGCUCUGGGGCCAUGUGCUCUUUGUCUAUCGGUACUGCUAACUUUCGUCUAUUGUUUUCAACAUUGCCUUUCAUGCAGAUAAUACAUUUAAAAAAAGGUGAUUUGGAUAAAGAAGAAUGUAUUCUGAGAUGUCCUGGUACACAUGUUUAAUGUUAUCUUUAAUUUUCUUAAAGAUUGUGAAUUCUUCAGACAAGAAUAUAAAAAGAGAAACUGACUAUGUGUGUUGUUACUGCAGGGUCUGGUCUUUGCUUUGUAACCUUUUCUUCAUUGCUAAAGUGUUAGAUAUUUUAUAGCUUUCUAGAAACUUUAUAUGCAUAUAAUAUCCAAUAAAACUAAAUGGUCAAUUCUG